AUGCCGUUCAUGAACCCUAAAGGCAUGUCGACGCUCGGCCACACCUUCCGAAACUUUGAUCAGACCAUUCUAACCGUAAAGGUUGGAAAGGGCGAGUACCCAGAGUCAUUCAGCUGCCAUCGCGAGCUUCUGCGAAGAUGUUCAGCGUACUUCGACCGUGUCCUAGAGCAGCAGAGCUCUUCACCAUACAAGGGCGGUGAAGCUGCGCUCGAACUAGACGAUACGAACCCGGACGUCUUCGAUGCGUUCAUGAUGUGGUUGUAUACUGGAUAUAUUCCGCAUCAUCUUAUCGAAGGCGGAAAGGAGGUGCAUGCGCCCUCACGUUCUAUCGAUCUGGGAUCGAGCAUGAAUGGUAGCACGAACAGCACAUCCGAAAUUGAUGCCAAGGACGGAGCCGAUGAUGUUGACACAGCAUCAUGGGGCAUCUCGCUGGACAACGACGAUGUCGAUGCCCCGCCAGCAGAAGGAUCGCAGAAUGGGGACGUUCCGCCUACGUCCGAGAAUGGUGCUGAAAAGGUCCCUGGUGAUGCCGAAAGCGAGAAGAGCGCUCCAGCACCUCCAAUUCGCUUGACCGCGGCAGAGAAGCCGGAGAUCCCCAAAGAGACCUUGUGUCCCUGCUGCUCCAGGCCCUACAAAUGGCGAGGACUGGAGGGCUUUCUUGAGCGCCGCUUCAUUGCACUCUAUAUCUUCGCCCACAAGUACGAGAUUCCGAAACUUCGCCACGCCGUCAUCCUCGCUUGGCAAAAGAACGAUGAGAUUCUGCAGUCGAUGCCCGACCACAGCAACGUAAUCGAUGCUUACGAAGGCCUCCCGACCGACUCGCCGCUGUGCAAGUACUUCCUCGACAUGUACUGUGUCUACUGGGACCCGAAGAAAGAUAAUGAGCGGAUGGUGUCUUUGCGGUCACAGCUCCCGCAAGCCUUUCUGUUCGAGCUUGCGACCACUCUUGCUCAGGGUGAGCGUCCGAAAACAGAGAAGGAUUGGUGCGAGUGGCACGAGCAUGAGGAUGAGGCAGCUAAAAAGGCAUGCACGGAAGAUAUGAUGAAGGAUGCUGCUGCCGCGAAAGCUCUGAAGAGGAUCCGCGAUGUCAAGGGCUGGAAGGGUCUGGUAAUGAAGAAGGGCAAGAGGUAA